CGCUGCUAAGCAAGCCGGCAGACUUCCAGAUGCCUCCUUAUUACUGCCUGUGCGUUCUCAGCCUCUGGGCUGGAUUUCAACCAGCGGAAUCCCGCACAAGAACCUAUUACAUCGGGAUAGUGGAGGAGCCCUGGGACUAUGCACCAACGGGGCAAAAUGCCAUCACGCAGCUCGGCAUAUCGGAGGAUGGAGAUGCAUCGGUAUUCUUGGAAAACGGAACAGAUAGAAUUGGACGUGUUUACAAGAAAGCCGUAUACAAAGAGUUCACUAACGCAGCCUACGCAGAGGAAAUAGCAAAGCCAGCUUGGCUUGGGUUCCUGGGACCCCUAAUAAAGGCUGAGGUGGAAGAUACCAUAAUUGUCCAUCUGAAGAAUAUGGCUUCUCGGCCUUUCACUCUUCAUCCACACGGGGUGUUUUAUGAAAAGGAUUCCGAAGGUGCAUUGUAUCCUGAUGGAACUAAGAAGGCGGACAAACGUGAUGAUUCCGUCCCUCCUGGUGGAAAGCACAAGUAUACCUGGAUAGUGAAACAGGAUCAUGCCCCCACUGCAGAGGACCCCAACUGUCUGACUUGGAUCUACCACUCUCAUAUUGAUGCGCCGAAAGACAUAGCAAGUGGAUUGAUAGGUGCAUUAUUAACAUGCAAAAAAGGGACCCUGGAUGCCUCCUCCAAUAGAAAUGAUGUUGAUAAGGAUUUUUUCCUCAUGUUCAGUGUUGUGGACGAAAACCUCAGCUGGUAUCUUGAGGAGAACAUCCAGACGUAUUGCUCAGAACCAGAGACUGUGGAUGUGGACGAUGAGGAUUUUCAGGAAAGCAAUAAAAUGCAUGCUAUCAAUGGCUACCUUUUUGGAAACCUACCAGGCGUGGACAUGUGCCUGGGUGACGCAGUGUCUUGGCACUUAUUUGGAAUCGGCAAUGAAGUUGACAUUCAUUCAGCGUAUUUCUACGGUCAUACGGUCACCAACCAAGGGCACCGAUCUGAUGUCGUCAACCUUUUUCCGGCUACAUUUGUAACAGUAGAAAUGAGACCAUCAACUGUUGGAACAUGGAUGUUGAGCUGCCAGGUUAAUGACCACAUUCAAGCGGGAAUGAUGGGCUUGUACCACGUGGCGGCCUGUGAAAAGGAUCCUGUGCCUUUAACACCUGGAUCGGUGAGGAAAUACUAUGUUGCUGCUGAAACGGUACUGUGGAAUUACGCCCCGCUGAACAGCGACAAAUUCACCGGCGACGCUCUAAAUAAAACAGACAGUUACUCUGCGACAUAUUUUACAAAAGACAGUGAGAGAAUUGGAGGCACUUACUGGAAGGUUCAGUACACGGAGUACACCGACGAAUCGUUCAGUGCGAAGAAGGAACGUUCCGAGUCUGAGAAGCAUCUCGGGAUACUUGGUCCAGUGAUUAAAGCUGAAGUCGGCGAUACAGUCGUGGUUGUUUUUGCUAACAGAGCAGACAGACCGUACAGCAUCAUGGCUCACGGAGUAGCUUAUGACAAAGAUUCAGAAGGCGCAGGAUAUGCGGAUGGUUCAGUGAAAGGUGGAUCUCAUGUGGCACCUGGCAGCACCUACACCUAUUCAUGGAAAAUCCCUGAGAACUAUCAACCAACACCGAGCGACCCGAAUUGUCUCACUUACCUUUACUAUUCAGCGGUGGAUCCGGUAAAGGAUACAAACUCUGGUCUUGUGGGUCCUCUCCUGGUUUGCAAAAGAGGUUCCCUGAAUGAUUAUAACACACAGGUACACAUAGACAGAGAAUUUUACCUGCUUUUUACUGUCUUUGAUGAAAAUUUGAGCUGGUAUCUGGAUAAAAAUAUUGAGAUGGUUUCUGGAAACACACCGAUUGACACCGACGAUGAAGGCUUCCAGGAAUCAAAUAAAAUGCACGCUGUGAACGGAUACAUGUUUGGAAACCUGCCGGGCCUGGAGAUGUGCCAGAUGGACAAUAUAUCCUGGCAUUUGUUGGGAUUGGGCACAGAGAUUGACAUACAUGGCAUUUAUUUUGAAGGGAAUACGCUUGACAUGGGAGGAAUAACUAGAGACACCAUUAAUCUCUUUCCUCAUACAACGAUUACUGCAUACAUGCAGCCAGACAUAGCAGGCGUGUUUGAAGUGGGUUGCCAAACAGUGGAUCACAACGUUAAUGGCAUGAAACACACGUACAGUGUCUCGCAGUGCGGUCGUACAGCGGAGAGGCAGUAUGGAACCAUAAGAACUUACUAUAUUGCGGCAGAAGAGGUGGAAUGGGAUUAUUCUCCAGACAGAGCUUGGGAGCUUGAGAAGCAUAAUGCCAGCGGACAGGAACACGAGAGCCCUGGUCAUAUUUUUGUCAGUAACGAGGAAGAUCGCAUUGGGUCCGUUUACCAGAAAGUUGUUUACAGAGAAUACAUAGAUGGGCAGUUUUUAGUACAGAAGAAGAGAACUCCAGAAGAAGAACAUCUAGAAAUAUUAGGCCCUUUCAUUCGAGCCGAGGUUGGAGACAGCAUUCUGAUUGUCUUUAAAAAUAAAGCCUCUCGACCUUACUCCAUAUACGCGCAUGGUGUAGUGGCUGUGGAUCUUGGUGGAGGAAAUGGUAUUCAGGCAACACAACCUGGAGGAACAAAGACUUACAGAUGGAAUGUCCCCGAGAGGUCGGGACCAGGAGACAAUGACCCAGAUUGUCUGACAUGGGCCUAUUUUUCCAAAGAAAAUGUUGUCAAGGAUCUCUACAGUGGUCUGGUGGGACCCUUAUUAACGUGCAGAAAAGGAGUGCUGGAUAGCCAGGGCUUCAGGAAGGAUGUUACUCGUGAAUUUGCGUUACUGUUCCUGGUGUUUGAUGAAAAUAUGUCCUGGUACUUGGAUUCGAACAUCGAAAAGUAUGUGCAGAAAAAUCCCAGUGAAGUGAACAGAACGGAAGAAUUUGAAGAAAGCAACAAAAUUCAUGCAAUAAAUGGGAAGAUCUACGGGAACCUUCAUGGACUGAACAUGAUCCAAGGAGAAAAAACCAACUGGUACCUGAUUGGCCUUGGAAAUGAAGUAGACGUGCAUACGGUGCAUUUUCACGCUCAGAGCUUUCUGUAUAAGAAAGACAAGGAGCACAGAGCAGACGUCUUUGAUCUCUUCCCUGGGACGUUUCAGACCAUUGAAUUAAUAGCUGGGAACCCCGGUACCUGGUUAUUACAUUGCCAUGUGUCCGACCACAUUCAUGCUGGCAUGGAAACCACCUUCACUGUGUACAAACCAGAGGAGUUGCCCGUCCCUACAGAAAAAAAUGAUUAUAGCCCCACCGGAGUCCCAUUUUUCGGCGGAGUCAUAUCGGUUUCGGAAGCACAAAUAGCUCUAAUCUCACUCUUGGUUAUUGGAGCUUUGCUUUUGGUUUUACUGGCCGUCGUAUUUGCGCUUUUCACUUGCGCGAGAAAAAGGGUUCAAUACAGCACAAUCCAUAACGGAGUCCUUCCUAUUAACAAUCUUUGAUUCUCGGACUCGGAGAUGUGCAUCCGCACUUUAUUGCCAAUAUGUUUACGUCUGAACACAAAUCCACUGGACUUUUUUUUGUCGAUAUAAAAAACAGUUAAUAUUCAUAAGUAGUAAGAAAUACUUUUGGAAGCAUUUCUGUUUUUACAAUAAUGGGCAUUUUUUAAAACUAAAAAUCUACAUCGACGCAUUACCUCAAAUGAGCGAUAAGAAUGUUAUUAGUCAUAAGGAAACUGGUAUAUUAAACCAUUAAAGAAAAAGGUUUUACCCUAAAAAAUAAGCAGGGAAGAAAUGCCAAACAGAUCGUUUUUUUUUUAUCUUUUAAAUAUUUAUUCAACACUUGACACAUUAUUACAUAUAAAAAACAUUGAACAAAAUUAGCAUAGCAUGUGCGCAAACUGCGACAAUACAUAUACUUGAAAUUAUCAGACAUAUUACACGAGUUGUCACCAACAUCAUGGCCAAUAAGAGAAAUAGAAUUUUGUCAUGGAAUACUACUACUUUUUGGUAUAUAUCACCCAAAGUAAUACACAAAGGCUACAGUGAGCAGGCAUUGCUUAAGAUGUAUCUUAUGAUGGAUUAGAAAUGUAGCUUGGUCUGACCAUGACCCAGUCUGCCUUGAAAUAAUAAAAAAAAUAUUGCUUAAGUUCCCGUCCGUGGAGGAUUAAUAAGUCAAUGCUGAACUGCAAAGAAACUCUUGCAUUUAUUGAGGGAAAAGAA